UGGCAGACAAUUGCGAAACUAUGCAUGCAGAUGGUUGUGUACACUUGACGUGGAAAAGCGAAAGAAACAGAAGAAAAAAUCACGACACUGAAACUUAGGUUAGCGAACAUAAGUACAUAAUUUUAUUUCAAACGUUUUGCGGGCAAGUUGAAGCGGAAUCUUUUUUUCGUAAUACAGCAUCAUUCGCGACGCUAAGUCUGUACGACACUUCCGUUGAAUUACUUGGAACUUUAUACGAUCUUUCUAGAAUUAGAAUUGAUUGGAUUGUGUAAUGAACUGUAGUUGCAUUGUUGAAGCCGAAGCUUAACUUCAUUUAUUGUGAAUUGGUGUACAUCUCUGGACAAAUCUGACUUGAAACAAGCUGAAAAUCAUGAAAUGUCAUCUGUGCAAAGAAGACAAGCUUUCCAAAGAGUUUCCGUUUUAUAGUCUGACUGAUGAUUGUAAUCACGCAUUACUUCAUUGCCUUGAUUGUUCAAUUUCAUCCGUCAAAAACUCCAACAAAUGUUCGCAGUGCGACAGUUUUGUGGAUGAAAAUAAUAAACGAUAUCAACAAUAUCUGAAGACGAUGAAUUUCUUGUUUCCAAAUGAAGAAGAAGACGAAGAUAAUAAUUCCAUUGUGGAAAUGGAUAUUGCAGAAGGAGAGAUAAAGGUGAUCACCUUGUCUGGGGAACAUGCAAUUCUGAAAUAUCAACGACGAAAGACGAUUCGUGUUGUCAAAGAAGAAGUCGAGAGAGAAUUGAAAACUCCCCCAGAGAGACAACGCCUGCUUUAUCAGGAGAAAGAGUUGAAGAUGAAAGAUGAGAAUAAUAAGGAAUUGACACUAGAAGAUUUCAACAUACCACCUAACGCUACUCUCCAGCUCAUCAUUAAACUAUGUGAUGUUCCUGAUGAUCUGGAAAAGCUUGUUUUUGAUUUUUGUUGGGGUUUGCCAAGUGGUACGAGGAAAGACUAUCUGGAUGUUGCAGUUUUUGUUUAUACCGGACGAUCUUUCGUUGAAACAAUAUACUAUAGUAAUACUUCAAUAUCGGAAUGCCCUGGCGUGAUACAUUCUGGUCCGGCUGAUAUGGACUACGAAAAACGAGAGGGGCAUCACAGGGUUGAUAUCGAUUUAAAAUCAGUUCCUCGACACAUUGAUAAACUUGUAUUUACCUUAAGCGCUUGGCGUUCAUCUAAUAUCGGGAAAUAUCGUUUUCGCCGACUUCGUUUUUAUGAUGUUAACAAUCCCGACGUGGAACUAUGCAGCGAUAAUAUGGACACUGCGCUGCACAAUGAGUCCAUAGUUAUGUGUUAUUUAACAAGAAAAGGAGAUAAAUGGACUGUCCUAAGUCUCAAGCAUGGUGCAGAAGGAAACACCAGGUCUUUCCACAAGACUUACUGUCCACUUCGAGAAGACAUUCAAAAGCUGAUAAAUCGCGGAUUUAUCAGUUAACCAUAUCCACAAAAGGAACUUCU